GGAAGCUAUGAUCCCUGGCGCAGGAUAGCCCAAAGGCACAUGACACGAGGUUUGAUUAGCUUCCCACCACUGCCCAGAGCUAACCCCAACAAUCACGGAAUCCAAUCUCCCAGAACAAUCAUAAUCCCCCCACCUCUUCCCUAAUCCGGUAACCCCCCUCUUCCCUUCUUUCUUACUCCUCUGGCCUCUGCUAUUAAACCCCUUUUUAACUGUCUCCUAAUUACGACAGCUUACCGCUAAUUAUAUUAGGUUGAAGCCCCCACCCAACUCCAUUCACUUACUUGCUUCUUCCUCCCCAAUACCCAAAACACAAAAGCAGAGCAUCCCGAUAUCUGGGGUGUUUGUGGGCCGUCGGAUUUGAUCUGGGUCGAUCUGUGUAGAGAGAGAGAGAGAGAGAGAGAGAGAGAGAGGCUCUAUGGUGGGAUGAAGGAGAGAGAGAGGAAUGGCUCGUGGAGGAGGAGAAUGGGGGAUUCAUAAAGCGGUUAGAGGCAAGUGGGCUUGUUCUUACAAGAAGACAACUCUCUUCGUUUGCUGCAUUAACAUUGUUGUUGCUCUCUAUGUUCUUCGUUCUCUCUACGCUUCUCUCUACAUCUAUUCCGACAGAAAUUCACCCAACGCUGUUGAGUACACUCCGGAUCAGAUUAGGAAAAUGGAGGAAUCAGUUCGGAUUCGGAAAUCGGCUGAACCUGUAGAGCUUAUUAGAUUGGUGAAGCAACUAAAGAAGGAGCUUUAUGCUGAGCUCUCGGCGGGGGUUGAAUUGCCAGAGUCUUUGAAGCUGAAGCUAACUAAUGAUAUUAUUGAAAAGUUUAAAAUAUUGCCUCACAAGGCAAAUAUCAGUGACCAAAGAGACUUUGCUGAAAGAUGGUGUAAUGAAAAGCUUGAACAAGCUAAACAGUUGGUCCUUGAGGGAGGGACUUCAAAUUCAACAAUUUUACUGGAGGAAGCAGCUUCAUUGUCUGCAGUACUGCUAGUAAAAGCUUUAGAGUCUGAUAGGACACAGCUAUUGGAAGACAUUGGCCUGUGGAUACCUUCCGAAAUUGUCAACAAUGAACAUGACGAUAAACCUGAGGGUGAACUGGGGGAUGAGUUAGAUGAAAUUUUGCCCGGCAGGCCUCUCCCACCGGAAUGCCACGCUGAACUUCAUACAGAUUAUGAUGGUGCUGCUGUAAGAUGGGGCCUUAACCACCACAAAGAAAGUGCAGCUGACUGCUGUCAGGCUUGCUUGGUUCAAGCAAAAAGGGCCAAGCCUAAUGAAAAAAAAUGUAAUGUAUGGGUUUACUGUCCUGCUGAAAAUGGUUGCCAUUCUCCAGAUAUUUAUGAGCACAGACUUGGGGAGUGCUGGCUGAAAUUUGCGGAAACACCUAAGCUUAAUUUCAAGGACAGGUAUCCGGAGUCAUAUAGAAAUUCACACCCAUCUGCCCCAGUUAUGGUGCCUUGGGCUUCUGGCUUUGUUGGUGCCGCAUAAGAGUGUUGUCCAACAAAAACAACAAAGUUGUUGUCAUUCUCAGGUGACCUAAGUAGAUUAUUACCAUGUUCUGGGAAUAUUGCGAAGUGCAUGAAGAUAGCCCUGCCGAAAUCCGUAAUCAUUGCCUCCCUGUGUUUGUUAUAAUUUUCUUUGUAUUGCGAAAAAGAAUAGAAGUAGGGAGAAAUUUUUUUAGGAGACUCUAGGCCCAGGUAAAAGGGGUAAGCUCCAUGCUGUUGUUGUUUCACAAGUCAUUUUUUGUAACACGGAUUGUCAUGGUCUUGGUGCUGAUAAUUCAAGAUAAAGUUCUUGGUUAGAGGCGAAGUGAGAGUUUUGUUAGACAUGGAAAAAUUUCCUGUGAAAUAUUUAUUAAUGAGAAAUG